GUCGAUGUUUAAUUCCUUUUUGAGGUGAUCAUCCUCCACCGGUUAGGCUGUAGGGGAACGUCCUAGAAAAUGUUAAAGUUACACAGAUUAAAAUAUUGUUUUCGGAAUAAAAACCGCUUGAGAAUUUUACAGCCUCUCGCUUCCUCUCUAGAUGAAACAUUCCAGUGCUACAGUUCUUCUGCAGCUGACAAAGAUUUUCUACAUAGAAGCAUUCUCGCCACAGAUCAUUUUCAGGCCAGUCUCCCCAGACUUCCGAUUCCGGAAUUGGAGGAUACAUUAAAGAAAUACCUGGAAUGUCAGCAACAGAUACUGACGGAUGAUGAAUAUGAUCAAACAGUCGACAUUGUGAACAAAUUCAAGGUCACGGAGGGUCUUGAUCUUCAGAAGAGAUUGAUAGCUAAAGAUAAACAAAAUAAAGACACAAGUUAUGUCACAAAACCCUGGUUUGACAUGUACCUGAAGUCCAGACUGCCGAUUGUCCUGAACUACAAUCCGUUUAUUUCCUUCCAAGAUGACCCGCGUCCAGAGUACCAAAACCAGCUCCUUCGUUCCACAAACAUGAUUGUGUCGUCACUAAAGUUCAUGAAGACCAUGAGAGCCAAUAUCCUGGAGCCAGACAUUUAUCACCUGAACCCAGCUAAAUCAGACAACAUGAGAUUCAGGAAAAUCAUGAGGAUGAUUCCGUCCCCUGUUGCCUUCUACGGAGCCUAUAUGUACAAAGCCUUCCCGUUAGACAUGAGCCAGUAUAAAAACCUGUUCAACUCCACCAGAAUCCCAAGGCCUGGAAAAGAUGAAUUAGUGGUGAACAAAGAAGCGAGACAUUUAUUGGUGAUGAGGAACGGAAACUUUUAUGUUUUUGAUGUUCUGGAUGCCAGCGGAAACAUACUGGAACCAGGAGUCAUAAUGGCCAGUCUCCAUCAGAUCAUGCAAGAUCAGAGUCCGCCAAACUCGGAACCUGUAGCUGUAUUUACAGCAGAAGACAGAGAUGUCUGGGCCUCAUACAGAGAAAAACUUAUCAGUCUAGGAAAUGAGGAAACAUUGAAGCUGAUAGAUUCGUCAGUUUUUGCUCUGUGUCUCGAGGAUGAUAAACCAACUGAUCCUAACGCCAUCACCAGAAAGUUUCUCCACGGGGAGGCAGGCCGAAUCUGGUUUGAUAAAAGUUUAUCCCUGAUCAUGACUGCUGCCGGUAACACUUGUGUGAAUUUUGAACAUGCCUGGGGAGAUGGUGUGGCUGUUCUUCGAUACUUUAAUGAAGUAUUUGAGGACUCGACAAAGAAGUCUGUGGUGCAUCCAUCAACCUCUGUACAGACUGAUGCAGCCAGUGUCCGGAGGCUGGAGUUUAAACUGGAUCAAGAAAUGAAGGAAAACCUACAGCAAUCUGUGAAGAAAUUCAAUUCAACAAUACAGAGCCUUGAUGUACACCAUCUAGAAUACUACAAGUACACUAAAUCUUACGUCAAGAAAAGCGGGAUGAGUCCGGACUCGCUAAUGCAACUUGCCAUACAGCUAGCCUACUACAGACAGUGCAAGCAGACUGUAGCUACCUACGAGUCCUGUAGCACUGCAGCCUUCAAACACGGCCGAACAGAGACCAUCCGUCCUGCCACUACUGAGACGAAGCGAGCAUGCACUUUGUUUGUGGAUGAUCAUCCAGCUGUCUCCGCAGAAGAACUAAAAAAAGCCAUGAUGGCAUGCUCCAAAAAGCAUGGAUCUCUAACGAGGAAUGCUGCUAUGGGGAAGGGUUUUGACCGACACUUGUUCGGGUUGAAGAUCCUCGCUGAGGAAGAAGAUGGAAGACUUCCAGAGAUGUUCACAGACCCCAACUACCAGAAGAUUAACCACAUUAUCUUGUCCACUUCCACAGUGUCCAGUCCCGCUAUUCUGAUUGGGGGGUUUGCACCAGUUACACCCAAUGGAUAUGGAGUUGGUUAUUCUAUAGAAGACAGUAGAAUUGGUUUUAAUGUGACCAGUUAUCCCCCUUCCACUAAUGCUCCAGAUUUCAUCGAAUGCGUCACCAAAGCUUUGGAUGAUAUGUACGAGGUUUUGGAGGGACGACACCCAGCCAAGUCCAAAUGAUGCCAUAGAUACCCAGCGUGCUGAUACUGGAAACAAAGACAUACCAGAAGUUCGAUUUUGUUGUUUGUGAUAGAAUUUUUGUUUUGAAAGGAUCAUCCUGAUCUGUCAAAAUAGCAUAAUUUCUAAUAGGCCAAGGCGUGAAUCUUUUGGAUUUAAAUUGAAUAACGCAUGGAAAAGUUGAGUUGUGAAAUUCAUCGUAUAUGAAACGAAAUGUUCUGAUUUUUUUAUUGUAUGGUAUGUUGCAAUGUACAUGUUAGUUUAUAUGAAUACUGAUUGUAUGGAUUGUGCUCAAUCCUCCCAUUUAAUGACAUCUUUAUUUCUAUUUCACAUCAUAUGUGUUCCACUGUCCAUUCUGAUUGUGUGAUACUAAUUAUUAGGAAUCUGUUUCGUAUUAAAGUGUCCGUUUAUUAGUAAAUUAUUGUGAACAUUUUCAUACCAGAUGUUUUUCAUCUGAUGAGAAUUUUAUAGCAUAUAUUGUUGUUUUUCUUCUCUUACUAGUAUUUAUCACCCUGUACAAAUUUCCCCAGAGGACGUACAAGUCUAGGGGGCUGUACCAUUGAUACAAUAAAUCUAAACUAUACUGUCUGUGAUAUCAAUGUGGGAGUAAAUGAAAUAAAUAUUUUCUAUUUAC